AUGGCCGCGCUUAAAAAGACGGUCCUGUUGUAUGGAGACGCGUCCGUUCAAGAGAUCGAUAAUGGAGUAAAGAACAAGUUUCGCUGGGAAUGGCUCCAAGAGACAGUCACAAUUGAUGGAUAUCAACAUAAGCUAAGAGAUUGUUUUCAAAAAAUAGCGACCGCUGGCAAGGUGUGUUGCAACUAUUGCAACGACACCAUCAACUACUCGGCGAACGGGAAACGAGCACUCGUCUCGCAUGUCAAGCAGGCUAAACACUUAAAAGCAUGGCAUGUGAGGCGAGACAACAUGAAGUUGGUGGUGGACUCGGGCGGCGUAAUAACGACUGAAACCAGGAACGCCGUGAGAACUGUCCCACUUAUAGACAGAGUUGCAGAUAGCCAGGCAAUGGUUCUCGGAGUAAUUGCAGAACACAGUAUGCCCAUGACCAUGGCCCCAGUUGUCAUAGCCCUUGCAAAGGAGCUUGCGAAGGAUUCAAAGAUGCUGAGCACUCUUUCCAUGGACAGGACUUCGGCAGGAUACAAGAUGUACGGUCUCGAGAAAACAUUUCGAGACAAGACACUUGCCCAUAUCAAGCAUAGUCCAUUCUGUCUGAAUAUUGAUGAAAGCACCAGCAGCAACAACAAACGAGUCUUGGGUGUGCUGGUUAGCUAUUACUCUGCUGAUGAAGGUCGAGUUAUGGUUGAACAUCUCGCAGCUCUGGAGUUAAUUAGAGUUACAACGCAGUCAGUUAUGAAAGCACUGAAUGAUCUCUUUAAGGAACAUCAGAUC